GUAAGCUGGAGCUGACCCCGGUGUUUCUGUCCUGUCCUUUUUUUGUGUUUGCAGUAGCCGCCUGUGCAGACACAGAAACAGCGAAGAGCAAAAACCAGCCGGCAGCAGAUCCGUUCUGGAGAAAAACGAUGGAGUCUAUUCAUUAUGACCGGUUCAGUACGGCUGAGGCUGAAAUCAUUCAUCAUCAGCAGCAGGAGCCUCCAUAUAUGCCCAGCAGACAGAACAGGAGGAUCUUCGUCAUGUUUGUAGUUCUCUCAGUGUUCCUGCUCAUCCUCACACUCACAGUGGGAAUCAAAUUCACUCAGGUCAGUCAGCAGAUGUCUGAUAUGGUGGAGUCGCUAGACCUGGUCAGAGAAUCUGUUAAAUCACAUCAGAAAGCCACUGGUCUUAAUCCUGUACUUAUAACUCCAGUCCGAGGCUCCUGCGAGGAGGACUGGACGUUUUAUAAACAGAAGUGCUACUUCGUAUCCAAACUGAAGAAGAGCUGGGAGGAUGCAGAGAAGAACUGUGUCCAGCGGAAGGCGCACUUAGUGGUGGUGAAUGACAGAGAGGAGCUGGAGUAUGUAUCCCAGAUUCUUGAGACUCAGGCACUGUAUUGGAUUGGUCUGGUUGAGAGAGAAGAGGGAAACUGGACCUGGGUCGAUGGAACAGAUUUCACAAAAACUGAGCAUUUCUGGGAUGAGGGUCAGCCAGAUGACUGGGACGUCCGUGUGAACGGAGAGGACUGUGGUCAGCUUCACCCUCUGCGCAGUGCGCACCACAGACUGUGGAACGAUGCCGACUGUACGCUGCCCUACAAAUACAUCUGUGAGGGGAAGCCCAGGAGACACUGAGCUCGGACGGAGCUGGUUAUAUGCAGGACCUCCAAAGGUUCAUGGGAUCAACAGUGUAUUAGUCAGAAUUCAGUUCAUUCCUGUAGAGCUGAUACAUGUGAAAUAAUCUGUGUGUGAUGUUCUUCAUUUGAUUGUACAUGUUUGGAAAACUCUUUGUUGUUGUGUGUGAAUAAAAAUGGACCUGAAGAUCUUUCAUGAAUAAAAAUAAACUAAUCAUGAGUGAAAAAAACUUAGA